AUGAUUUUAUUGAGGAUAUCUGGACGAUAUUUCAAAGGUUGGCGAGGAAAGAAAAAGCUAUCCGUAGGGAUAUAAGACAAGGUUAGUUUUUCAUACCCCACUGACAUAAAUUUUAGAAAAUCUGUACUGCGUAGAUCCGAGUGAGAGUAAUAAAGAACAGGACGUCCACACACUCAGAACACGCAGUUCGACAGAGCAGACAAGUAUUUGCAGAAAAAGACGUCAAAAAUGUAUCGAAUAAAAAUUUCUGAAUAGAAUAGACACCAGCUGUAAGACUUGGCCAAACGGUGAACUUCUAAUUCUCGGCCACAAAGUUCCUGGGAAGAACGUCGGCGGAGUCGGCUUCCUUGUAAUCGCUCGGUGCAACACCUUGUCGACUCGCACGAAAUCGUCAACGCCCGUCUCGGCAUCCUCCGACUCAACCUAGGAAAGCGAGAAAGACUCACCAUCAUCAACGUCUACUCGCCGACCUCAUCAAAAGCCGAAUCCACCAAGGCUAAAAGGGAAGAGAAGGAAAAGGAACUUGACGACUUCUACCGGAAGCUCGAGGAAACGAUCCAGCGGGAGAAGGCGUACUACAUCUUUGUCCUGGGUGACUUCAACGCGAUGAUGGGCAAGUACGCCACUCCCUCGAUUCGUCACGGGCAGCAUGGACUCGGAACUCGGAACGACAACGGCGAACGCCUGGCCGAUCUUCUCGACUCCAGAAGGCUCUACCACGGCAACUCUCUCUUCGAGAAGCCUGAUCAGAGACGCUGGACCUGGAAAUCGGCCAACGGAAACACCACCAACGAGAUUGACCACAUUCUGACCAACCGCAAAUGGUCUCUCCUCGACGUUGCCGUACUACCCAGUUUCGACGUUGGAUCCGAUCAUCGACUCGUUCGCGCCAAGGUCCGUCUGAACCAGAAGUUCCUGAAGAAAGACUACCACCAGCGAUCGAGGCCGAGAAGACCAACCUACGACAUCAUCACGUUGGAGAUCGGCAGACGCAGACGCGCGGGAUGGGCCGCCUUCAACUCUAUCAAAGAAGUCACCAGGCAGCUGAAAGACCCGAAUCUGCGAGCUCACAUCUUCGAAGCGUCGAUAAUUCUACGAACUUCCUACCGCGCACUGGAACGUGCUCUGCUCGGCACCACUCGCUUCGAGCAGUGGAAAAAAGAACAGAGGGGCACAGACCUCCGUCAAUUGUCCCAAACCCGGGAUCAAGAAGAGCACAUUCAGCGCGGGAAACAUCGUUGGGGCGGCCACGUCAUCCGCAGACAAGACGACCGCUGGUCCCCGAGAUUAACACACUGGAUUUCGAGAAACAUCAAGCGCCCACUCGGGCGCCCACCGACCAGAUGGACGGACUACUUCCGCAAGAACAUCAGUCAGCCAGGCCGCCACUGGAUGGCCGUCGCGCAAGACCGGGCCGCCUGGAGAACGUGUGGUCCACGCUGAGAACAUCAGCGAAGAUGGACCAUCAAAGUAUCAAAGUAAGUAA